CCAGGGGAGCCACGAAGACAAUCCGAGCCUGGAAGACAGGCUGGAGAAGUCGGGACUCUGCAGCCCGGAGGAGAGAAGGCUACGAGUGGACCUUACAGUACCUGAAGGGGUCCACAGGAGAGCUGGAGAAGGACUGUUACAAAGGCCUGUAGUGAUAGGACAAUAGGUAAUGGUUUUAGGUUAGCGCAGGUGAGAGAAACUGAGACCAUGGAUGCCCGAUGGCUGGAUUAUCCUGCCUCUGGAGACUUGCCAGAUGAUGAAGACAUUGGCGAGUUCAGGCCUCGCUUAACUUCUGAUGAGUUAGAUAUAGAUGAGACAUCUGGGUCUGGAGACUACUCAGACUCUGAAGAUGCCAUAUACCUGACCACCAUGGAUACUCCUCUGAUAUCUGACAACUAUAUCCCUGGAGAUACUGACAGAAAGAUACAAGGUGAGAAGAAAAACACAAUGGUGGACAAUGAAAUCAUUCCAGACAAAGCUGUACCUGUAGAAGAAAACCUGUCCAACAAGAUCUCCAUGGCAAGCACAGCCAACAGCAGCAUCUUUGAAAGAACAGAAGUUCUUACAGCUCUCAUUGCAGGAGGGGCAGUGGGUCUUCUCUUUGCUGUCUUCCUGAUCCUCCUCUUGGUCUACCGCAUGAAGAAAAAGGAUGAAGGCAGUUAUGACCUUGGAAAGAAACCCAUCUACAAGAAAGCCCCAACAAACGAGUUCUAUGCUUAAAGCUCAGCAGCACCUUGAGCCUCUCAAAGGACAAACAGACUGUAUGGAAACACUGUGCCCUCAGAUGAGAUGUGCUGAACAAAUGCUCUUUUUGGAUUGAAUUUCAAAGUGACUUCGAGAAAAAGCAAACUUCCUACAUGACCCUUUCCAUCUUGCUCAGCUAACAGGGGCCCAAAGUAAUACAAAGAGCCUGGGGGAAAAAAGGCAAGCAAGCAACCAACCCACCCACCCUCGGUGUACUACUUUUUUUUUGCUCCUUUUUAUUUUCCAAAGCUGUCACAAAAAGAAUAAAGAUGCCAAAUUUUUCUGCUUGGUUUUAUAGAGGGUGUAUAAACACAAACCAGACUGUAUGGAAGCAAACACCAUGUGUUGGCACCCAGUGUGGCGUGCUCAGAGUGGCUGCUUCUAGAGAAGAUGGCUGUUGUAUAAACCUUGCUAACGAUGUCUCGCAGCAGGCUGUCGGUGGGAAGCAUUUUUGUGGAGAACUGUUUAUGAAUCUCUCACACUACAGAUAACAUUUUGCCUUAUCAGGGAACCAAAGGCCCAGAGGGGCUCCAAAUCCCUGAAUGCCAUAAAGGGCCUAUGGGAACCUCUUCCCUAGGAGACUUCUGUCUCUUCCUGUUGGCCCCAGGCAAGGGUCAUUAGUCCAUGAAAUCAGGACUGGCCAGCUUUGUUUGGCCAUGACAACACCCUUUCCUUGCCUUCAAUCUCUCUAUUACCUUUUUAUUUUGUAAGGAGUGCUUAUAGGAAUUUUUUUUAUAAGGAAAUUUUAAAGAAAAUACCCUAAUGUUUAUAUAAAAGUUUGUAGAAAGUGUUUUGAAAUGAUAAUAAUAAUAAUAAACCCCCAAACCUCUACCUUUUUUAAUUUCCUCAGAUUUAUUUUUUCAAUCCCUUUGUGUUUCCUUUGGCUGGGCAUUUCUCUAGAGAUGUUUUAUAUGAUUCAUAUUCUAAACUGAAGCAGAGUUGUUGUUUUCUUUUUUUUUUGCUGCAGCCUGUUACAGGUUUCUUCUAGUUCAUAGCAGCUACUGUAGAGGGUAAAGAUAUUUAUGGUUUUCCCGUAACUGUUGUAGGAUUUGAUUAUUUUUUUAAUAGAACUAUUUAUAGUUUCUGACAUGGCUGCUCUUCUCAUUUGGUAGCUUUUUGUCCCUUUUUUAAUGUAAAACACUAAUAUAAUGAGUCUUCUGUGAAAACUAUUUAAGCUUUAUUCUGUGAAUUUUUUUUUAAUUAUAAAUUCAAGGCAAUAACUUUUAGGAUUAAGCUGUAUGCAAAAUUGGAUUCGUAAUAUGAUUGAAGUAGGGGGGGGAAAAGACUAUUUCUAGCCUGUAAUAUAAUCAGUCCUAUAGAGCUAUAUAUUAUAUAUUUUACUGAGAAAUACACAGCUGAGUGAAGAGGCUGGAGUUAAUUCUUCAGCAGCCUUGCUCUGUGCAAGAGGUUUGGUCUUCUGUGCUUCUGUUGGUCCAGGGUUUUGUCUGGCAUGACAGUGGAUUUGUGCUGGGCAAGGCAACUGGGAGCAGCCCAGGGGCUCCUUCAUGUCCCAGGUCCUGGGCUGAGCCUUGGAGCAGGCUGUGGUGGGAGAUGUGCUGGAGCAGAGAUCCCCUUCUGAGGCUACUCUGAAGCAAGCAUUGGAAGCUUGCAGUGCAGAGGAAACUCCUGGGGGUUGGCUGUGCUGGAGCCCCUGUGGUGCUGUGUUGAGUACCUGUCUCUCACAGAAGGCUGCCUUUGGUAGCCAGAAGUCUGCUGCAGUGGCAUCUCCCAGCUGGGAGCACUGAGCAUUCAAAGAUGGCUCAUUCUGAACCUCUUACAGUGAGUCUGUCUUAGUAUGUCACGUGCAGAGCUCCUACCUCUACUGAGAGUGAGACCAAUCCCCCCCAGCACUCCUAGAGUGAAGGGCAACAUGCUUGGCCCAUGCUGCUGUUUCAGGAAGGAUUCGGAGAUACCUUGAGCAAGUUGUGUCUUCCUGCAGCUCUUGGAAUCUGGUGUGGGGGGUAGGCAGCACGAAACCUGAUGGUUGUGAAGGCAGUUCAGAAAUCUCAUUGACUGUCGAACCCUCCUUAGUGAAGCUUUGGUGUAGGAUUGAGGUCAAAUUCAUAGAGGCAUUAGAGCAGAGUUCAGCUUUGGCUGGUGGUGGCGGCUGCCUCUGGGAGCUGAGCAGGCAAAGUGGAGAAGCCAGGGAGCCAUGUAUUGAGACACCAGUGCAAGAGGCCUUUUCUCAAGGGUCCUCCUCCAGGCUGAGUCACUCACUUGGUCUCAGUACAAGUGUGUUUGGGAAAUUGCAGGCUCUGGGAGGCUCCAAAGACUGCAUGGUGUUCACUGCAGAGUGGGAGGGUAAGGGAGGACUUCACAGCCUGUGGGCAGCACUGACAGGAGGGCAGGAGUGGUGUCGGCUUGUUGGGCUAUCUGGAUCCUCUUGUGUAAUUGCUCGUGGGGGUUUUCCACUGUUACGGCUUUAUUUCAUUUUUUCCUCAAAUAAACUGGUACUUUCUAAA